AAGGGCUAAUUUGUAGUUUCAUAAAAAUUAAGCCCUAAUACCACAAGGAUUUCGUUUCGGCGAGUUUAUAAAUUGCGGGUUUCAACUUGUUUCACUUCAGAUUCUACUGGUUCUCGUGUUUUUUGUUUGAGGAUAUUGAAGGAUUUUUUGUAGCUUCAAGAAACUCAUAUGGCUCAACAAGGAGCAACAGCGGCGGCGAUGACGAAGAAUCUGGUGGAACCUAUUAUAGUUGGUGUUCCUCCUCCACCGCCAUCGUUCUCCUCACCGAAAAGUCCGAGGAAACCCGUCGGCCGUGGCUGCAGCGUCCAAUCUUGUUGGUCGAAACGAAUUUUCUCGCAGAACAACGCGAAUAUCGAACGAAGCGCAGUUCCGUCGCGGUUCAUGUACUAUCGCAAUGAUGUGUGGAUGGAUUUCUCGGCUGACGUUUUGGAAACACUGCGAACAGGUUUCUUGGAGCGGAAACCGAUUAUCGAAGCAUCGAUAGACGGUGAAAAGUAUAUAUUUGAUUUGAAGAGGAUGUUGCAGAUGGAUUACUUGACAGGAAAUUGCCGCUCAAUUUCUUGGAUCGAUGAAAACGGCAAGUGUUUUUUCCCUAACGAUUUUUUCAGCGAAGAUUAUGAUAUUGGCUGCAAUUACAAAAGUAAGAAUAAUAAUUGCAAUCCUAAGAUUGAUCGAACUUCAUCGAAGAGAAAGCGAGAGGAGGAGCCUGAAGUGAGUUCCUCCUACAAAGCCGGGGGAGCUGCUAAAUGGCCUAAUAUGAAGCUGUUGAGAGAAACAGAGAGAACGUAUUUGCUCGUUAAGAGUCAUUUCUUGAACGGAAUGAGGAGAGUUGAUGACGGGGUUAUGGUUACUUCGAUUCAUCAGCUUAAGAGGGAAGGGCAUUUGAUUAAAUCUCGUCUCGAGGUUUUAUUGAAGCAGGUUGAGAUUACUAAGGCUGCAAGAGGCACUUCAAAUAUGGUUUAUGCAUGGUAUGGGGCUUCCGCCAAAGUUGUGGAGACUAUUCUGGCUUAUGGAUUUGGUUUGCCCAGUAAGGUUCCCGCUACUGAUUUGUACGGAAUUGGCGUUUAUUUGUCUCCCGUAGGUUUGCCGCACUUGAGUGCAAAUCUGACAAAUGUUGAUGAUAAUGGUGUAAGGCAUCUUAUUCUGUGCCGGGUUAUAUUGGGAAAUGUUGAAAAAGUGGAAGCUGGAUCUCAACAGUAUCACCCAUCUAGUAUGGAUUUUGACUCUGGUUCUGAUGAUCCCAAGAACCCAAGGUGGUAUGUGGUAUGGUCAUCUAAUGCCAACACGCGUAUUCUUCCUGAGUGCGUUGUGAGUUUCAAACCUUCUGGUAGCAUGCAAGGUCAACCAAGGCCAGUAAUGGGUGUCAAGUAUUCCCUUGACAAAUUGUUUUCGAAGAUUAUGGGCUCUAUUCCUCCUGUCAAAGUGCAGGAAAUAUUGAUUUCAUACAAUACAUAUAAGCAGGCUGGAAUGGUGGCCCAGGAUGCUUUUAUGAGGAAAUUACGAUUGGUUGCUGGGGAUGAGGUUUUGAGAUCUGCUAUUCAGGGUUCUUUUAUGGAGAACUCACUGGGAAGUCUUUUAGUAGCCAUGACAAGGUUGUGGAAGCUGCCCAAGGCAUGUAAGAUGGCAGGGGGUUUUGGCUAAAGGCUUAACAAGGUUUUGAAUAAGCCAGUUUGGCUGGCAUGCUAUGCAUGAUUUCUUUUUGACAUGUGCAGGCGUUGCUCUUGAAUUAUUUUUAUUUGCAUAUAGAUGUGGUAGGGUAUUUUUGGUGUACUGUUCACUCUUACUUUAUUUGCCAAGAUUUUUGAAAAAUCCUGAUCAAGUUGCAUUGAUCCAAACAUUAAUUUAUUGGGUGCAAACAGUAGUAUCUGCCUGGAUGAACUAGAGAUACUGAAAAUAGUUGUACGCUCUCUUUUGUUGCCCCCGGUUGUGGAGCAUGCUUAUAGGUAGGAUUACUACAUUGAGACCGGUUCUAGGUUUAAUAAUAUGCAUACGUUACAGGGUUGUAUCUAAUGUUUAUAAAUAGGAAAACAUACUGUUGAUGACAUGUAUCAUGGUACAUUACCGGGUUUGAAGCUGGUGAAAGAUUUUUGCAUCAAGCAUUUUGCGUCAAUUGCUGGAAACAUAGGUCCUUUUUUAUAUUUCAUUUUGUUUCCAUGUUAUUGUGGCAUUUGAUGUUAUCUUUGUGUUGUUUUUUGAAGUGAAAAUCAUUGUGGAUUGUCCAAAUUUCAUGGCCUAUGAGCUUUAGGAGGCUAGGGAAGUUAAUUUUUUGUUCUUCCAUUAGUUUCAUUUUGAGAGCCUCUGACUGUUUGCUGCCCUAGAAUUGAUUUUUUCUUA